AUGAGUGAAUAGUAAGAAGAUUAAAAUUUAACUAAAUUAGUUUAAGAUAUUUAGUAAAACCUAGAAGAAGCACAAUAAAAAUAGGAUAGAGCUGAAGAAGAAAUAAAGGCCUAUAAUGAAGAGAAUUAUGAUUCAUAUUAGGCCCAAUUAGAUUCCUAAACCAAAAUAGAGACAUGCGAAAUAGAUCUAUAAAAUGAUAAAGAAAAAUACUAAAUUCUACUUAGAAACAUCGAGUCGGCAAAAGCUACUUAAAAUGAUCUUGAGAAAGAUAUCAAAUCAGGUGAGGUAGAACUCUCUUAAGCAAAAGACUAAGAAAAAGAAUUAGAUACUAAAAUUAAAGAAGAAGACAAGCAAAUUCAAAAAACUGAAACUGAGAUAGGUAAAUAUGAAAACGAAAUGAGCUAAUGCUAAUAGCAAUUAUAAGAUAAGCAAAUAGAAAUAGAUAGUUUAAAAGUUAAGAAAAAUGAUAAGGAAAAUAUUAUUAACAGGAUUAAGGGAGAUAAUUCUAAAGAAUAAUAAUCUUAGGUAUUACAAAAAUAAGAAGAGAUGCUAAAUUUAUAGGAGGAAUUAGAGAUGCAAGAAAAGCAUCAGUAAAAUAUUAGAAAUAGGUCAGAAGCUGCCUCAAAAAAGAAAGCUUCUUUAUCAGAAACACUAAAUAAACUAAAAUUAUCCAAUAAAACUAAUAAAUAGGAAUUAGAUUAAACCAAAAAAGAUAUUAAAAAAAAAGAAGAGAGUCUCACUAAUUAUAAAGGAUAACUAGCAGAUGUUAAAAAUGAAUUAAAUACAUUCUAAAAAAAUUAAGAAACUAUGAUUGAAAAUAUAUCAACACUUGGGAAACAAAAAGUAGAAGAAUAUAAAAACUACUUAGCAGCUGCUAAAAAAAUUGAAUAAAACGAACGUAAAAUUGAGUAAAACCUUAAUGAGUUAAGAUUUUAAAGGUAAGCCAUCUUAGAUUAUCGUAUGAAAAUCAUUGAAAUCUAACAAAAAAUUUCUCAAUAAUCUCUCAAUACGAAAGUCCAAUAAAAAGCUAUCAAAAAUUGA